AUGUUUUUGUUUAAAGCAGUCGUUCUUUGUUCACUAUUGCAAGUCACUUUAAGUAUCGAUCAACGUUUCCCUCCUAACUUUAAAUUCGGAGCAGCGACUUCAGCUUACCAGGUAGAGGGAGGAUGGGAUGCCGAUGGAAAAGGUUUAAAUAUUUGGGAUAGAUUUGUGCACACCCAUCCAGAAAAAAUCAAAGGUGGAGCAACUGGAGACAUAGCAGCAGAUUCCUAUCAUCGAUAUCGAGAUGACGUAAAUGCUGCUGCCGAACUUGGCUUACAUUUUUACAGAUUUUCAAUAAAUUGGGCGCGUAUUCUUCCAAAUGGCUUCACUAAUGAAUUCAAUGAGGCUGGAGCUAAAUACUACAGUGACUUAAUAGAUGCUUUACUUGCCAAGGGCGUUGAACCUGUCAUCACGCUCUACCAUUGGGAAUUACCUGUUAAGAUACAGGAUAUGGGUGGUUGGACAAAUCCGCACAUCGUUGAUUGGUUCGGAGAUUACGCUAGGGUUAUUUACUCACUAUACGCUGAUAGAGUAAAGACCUGGCUAACAAUUAACGAAGCUAUAUCAGUCUGUGACUACAUGUAUAAUAUAGGUAUACUUGCUCCGGGGAUAAAAGAAUCAGUAUAUGCCCCAUUUUUGUGUAACAAGUACAUAUUACUAGCACAUGCUAAAGCAUAUAGAAUAUUUGACCGGGAGUUUAGGCCUAAGUAUCAAGGUCGAGUAUCUCUUGCAAAUAAUAUUUUAUGGAUUGAGCCCGCUAUAAAAAAUGAUACAGCAUUAGCGGAAUUAGGGAGGCAGCAUUCGGCUGGUCGAUAUUGUCAUCCAAUUAUGAGCAAAAAAGGAGGGUGGCCGCCAACUAUUGAAAAGCUUAUGUUGGAAUACAGUUUGAAAGAAGGCUUCAGUCAAUCCAGACUACCAGCUUUUACAAAAGAAGAAAUUAAUUUUAUGAAAGGUACAGCGGAUUUCCUCGGGUUAAACCAUUACACAACAAAUUUGAUAAGACCUGCAAAACCUGGAGAAAAUAUGGGCAUCUGGUUCAUAAAUGGGUCUCCUGAACUUAAUGCUAUUUUGGAGAAACCACCAAAUUCAAAUUUAGGAGCUUUGAAUAUUCUACCUGUUUAUCCAGAAGGCUUACGACGACAGUUGAAAUGGUUGCAUGAAGAAUAUAAUGGCAUCGACAUUUUGAUCACGGAGAAUGGCUUUUCCACAAUUGGACGUAAACUGAACGACUAUGAUAGAGCUGAAUUCAUUAAAGAAAAUUUAGAACAAGUACUAUUGUCCAUCAAAAAAGAUAACGUAAGUGUUAUUGGUUACACUGUUUGGUCACUUAUCGACAACUUCGAGUGGACAGAUGGUUAUUCGAUAAAAUUCGGCCUUUAUGAAGUAGAUUUCGAAGAUCCGAAUCGGUCAAGGCAAGCUCGAAUAUCUGCUGAUUUCUACCGUUGUGUUAUUAAUAACCAUUCUCUUACUGGUGCUGAAGCUUGUCUAAAACAGAAGAAGAAUGAAAGGAGAUAUAAACGAAUCCGUAUAUCAAUUAAUGGCAGCGAUAGGUUACCACAAAAUGUAUUACUUAUAGUUUUCGUUUUACUGAAAUUUCUU